AUGCCGCAGGCCACCCACACCGGGAGUGGACGGCUGAUGGGGUCACGCCUGCCACUCGGCGCCUACCGCCGCGUUUCCCGUGAACCCGCAACUCAACUUAAGAAAUUGGCGGGGACCGACAAGAAACGCGUUUCUGCUGUUUGGGAAACGGUGUCGUCGUGGGAGGGAAGUGAGGGAACAAGCUGCAACUCAUCGGCGUCAGGCGUCAGUGGUGCUUCGCCAGACGUGUUGGGCGCCUGCUACCGACAUCUUCAGCUUCGCAUGGAAGGUAUCCGGCGGAUUAACCUUCUUCAUCAAGGCCCUCCUCCGCUGGUGGCAGCAGGAGCGGCUGCAGCGAAAAACGGAGAAACGGGUACAAGCGUGGGAAAUGUCCUAAGCGGACAGGCAAGUGUCUCUCUCGUGGAUGCAGAACGGGAUGGGGAGGAUAUACUUCUCUCCAGCCACGUCGCUGUAACCACCCCAUCACGGAUGCUGCAAGGACUUCAGGCCGUCGGAACGCGCCCGCGUGAACGCAGGUGUAGGGUGCAGCGUCUUGCGCCAGCGGAGUGGUCGGAGUUGCUGCAAUUAGGGGAUAAUGAAGCAAUCGAACUGUAA